AUGAAGCCUUCAGACUCUGGCAGCCCUCUGAUGAGGCGUAAGUCUUCGACACCACACUACCAGACCUUCGGCGGCAUUAGUCCUCCUACCUCCAAGGGGAGACCCUUCUCCGACUCCUCAAAUUCCAGUAGUCGCGACCUUCCCCACGACCAUGAGCAUCACAGCUCCCCUCUCCCGAAGAAGCAGAUGGCCAUUUUGGCCAUCAUAGCUCUCUCAGAACAGACAGCACUGAACUCAAUAUCACCAUAUCUUCCUACCAUGGCAAGAGGUUUUCCAGAAGUCGACCCUAGCCAGGUAGGAGUCUAUGUUGGAACGAUCGCUUCAGCCUUUGCGCUUGCGCAAUUGGCUACCAACUUUUUCUGGGGAUGGCUUUCAGACCACAUUGGUCGGAAGCCUGUGAUACUGCUCGGGACCGCACUUACGGCUGGGUGUUUCGUGGCUUUCGGCUUUGUGAAGACCCUGCCGCAGGCCAUCGCAGUACAAGCAUUGAUGGGCCUCUGCAACGGCAACCAAGGAGUUGUUUCGACAUGCUUGGGCGAGAUAACAGAUCGGAGUAACCAAUCCGCGGCCUUUACAUACCUUCCAGUGAUCUACGGCCUAGGCGCAAUUACCGGUCCCAUUAUUGGUGGGCUCCUGGUCAUGAACCAUAGUCUGUUCGACCACACCAAGGAGGCCGCCCACCCUUACCUGUUGCCGAACCUACUCUCCGCCAUCAUACUGAUCGUAGAUCUGGUUCUGACAGCUAUCUUCCUCGAAGAAAGCCUUGAGCAAGCGCAUUAUCUGCCGCCAUUGGGAAAACGUGUCAAGAGUCUCUUCACCUGGAUGUGGCAGUUCACCAGUUCUACUAGACCUUCCUAUCUGCGAGGCAAACGCCGAAAGGUCCGUCAGCAUCAAGGGGAGGGUAUGAUCGAAGAGUCUGAGGACGAGAGCGAGGCUGAGUCUGAUAUGCCAGAGCUAAUGCCCGUUAUUUCUACUGAAGAGCUGAAGAAAAGGGACGUCAUGAACCGUGAUACUAUCCUCCUGCUGGCGACAUAUCUCGUCUUCCAGCUAUCCAACAUCUCGUUCAACUCGCUGUACCCGGUCUUCGCUCAAGCAGAUGUGCCCCACGGGCGAAAUCUGAAGCCAAGCGAGACCGGACUGUCGCUGGCUUUUGCAGGGGCUGUUACCAUCAUCUUCCAAGUCGGUGUUUUCGGGAAGUUGCGCGACAAGAUGGGCAAUCGAUGGGCAUACAGGACUGGGUUGUUCGGUUUUGUGGUGGCUUUCAUCCUAAUGCCUUGGGUGGGAUACAAGGAGGAUACUGGCCAGAAACGAUCAAUCGGAGCAGCAUGGCUGUGGAUCGAGAUUGGCGCGGUGCUUCUCGUCAAGACUGUUGCAUCAGUUGGCGGGUUGACUAGUGCCCUUCUUUUGAUCACCAAUUCGGCCCCUAACCACAAUGUGCUGGGCACCCUCAACGGUAUCGCUCAGUCAUUGUCGGCCGCAGGAAGAGCCGCAGGGCCAUUCCUUUCCGGCGGUCUCUUCACUUUGACCUUGAGGGUACCAAAGGGCGAAGCCUUGGCUUUCGGCGUCUUCGGUAUUGUAGCAUUUAUUGGUUUCCUUCUCAGUUUUGGCAUACGUUCACCCAACCUGGAGGCUGAGGGCUGGAAUUCGGAACAUGAAGAUAGCGACGCCUCGGAUGAUGACGCAGAAACAUAG